CAUGGUUGUUAGCGCAUUCAACUCCAGUGAGGAAAUUCAUGGCCUUCAGUAUAGAAAAUCUAUCGGUGAUGGAGACUCUAGCGUCCACCAGAAGGUAAUUGAGAUGGUGCCAUAUGGGCGGUAUGUUGAAAAAAUAGAGUGCAGCAAUCAUAUGAUUAAGAAUCACACUAAAAGACUGUACAAGAUAAGAGAGGAUGGGAUUGUUGAAAAACGAGUCCUGAAUCAGUCAGUUAUAAAAAGACUGAAGGCUGUAGUGCGUGGAUCAGUAGCACAUUAUACAUCUGAUAAAAACAUUGAAGACUUGAAAAGAGACUUGAGAAACGGUCCAUUCCAUUAGACUUGGUAUUGGUAUUGGGAUAUCAUGGGAACUGUAAGUCAUACUUCUGUAAAGACAUUGACAUCGGGAGUAUGAUUGAAGGUCAAACACUUAAUGUGUUGAAAGAAGGAGAAAUUGCUUUGAAACCUCUACUUCUCAAAGCAUCUAUGCUAUGGCAUAACGGGACCAGCAACUUGGCCGAGAACUACAUGCCUCUUGUUGCUAAGUUAUGUGGAGGAAAACAAGUCACAGGAAAGAGAGGAUCCUCCAACUACAGGUCAAAUGUUGCUGCACUCGACUUUCAGUUUGGCCCAAUGUUGCACUAUCACACAAUGAAGGAGGUUUUGAAAAAGAGUCCAGCCCUUCUAGUCAAAAAAACUUGUUUGAGUUGUGUGAAAAAACUUAUCAUGUAGAACGUCUUUAUUGAAAAGAUUUAGAGAUGGAAAGAAAUAUGAGAGGAGGGUGAAGCAAAGGAGUACAGGUUUGAAAGACUAUGGACCACUGUGCCAAAAAAUCGAUAUGGGAGUAGAAGAAAUGGAAGAAGAAAAGACAAACUUGUUGAAAUCUUCGGCACAUUCUCAAGAUGAAAAGAUCAAACUAGAGCUGGAAACACGUGGACAAAACGAGAACAACCGGUGGCUUCAAGAAAGAAAGUUACGUGUUACUGCAUCAAACUUCGGUUUGAUCAGUAAAAGAUUGCAAAGGUCGAAAUGGGCGACAGUCGUCAAACAAUUAUUAUACAGCAAGGUCUCAAACGAUGCUACGUUGUAUGGACAGCUCCACGAACCAGCUGCCAUAAAUGUGUUUCAAGAAAUGGAAGAAAUUCAAGUUCAACCUUGUGGUUUGUUUGUUGACAAAGAACAUGACUUCUUGGCGGCUUCACCUGACGGACUGGUCGGAGGUGAUAAUCUGAUUGAGGUGAAAUGUUCGAAGUCUGCUGAAAACCUCACUAUCAGCGAAGCCGUGAUCAAAGUGAAAUCAUUCUGCUUGGAAAAACUACGUUGUGGAAACGUCCGUCUCAAGAAAAAACACAAUUAUUAUUACCAGGUGCAAGGGCAACUACAUGUAGCUGAGAAAAAAUCUGUUAUUUUGUAGUAUGGACAAAGAAAGACAUCCAUAUUGAAAAGAUCGAAAGGGAUGACAGGCUUUGGACCGAGAAGAUGAAGAAAAAGUUAAUUUAUUUCUACCAUCACGCCUUGUUGCCAGAGAUACUGGAUCCUCGAACUUGCCGAAGUAUUGAUGGCAAUCAGGGAGCCAUCAAUCCCAUUUUCUCAUUUUUAAAUAAAGUCUGAUUGAAAAUUA